UUGUUCAGUCCUUAGUUCUCAACUUUCCAAAUCUUCUUUCUUCACUGUGAAAGAUAAUUUGUUUGGAUUGUGCUGUGCUAGAAACAUGGCAUCAAUGACUCCCUUGCAUACUAUCAUUCCCAAGAAUACACCUAACCUACCUUCAGCAUCUACCCGUGCUACUGUUUAUUCAAACACUAAAGUACCAUUUGCAGGCUCAACUUGUGUACCAUGUGGCAGGAUUCAAAAGUCUUCAACAAUGGUGGUUUCAGCAGUUGGAGAUGUAUCAGCUGAUGGCACCACUUACCUUGUUGCUGGUGCUAUUGGAGUGGCCCUCAUUGGAACAGCCUUCCCCAUCCUCUUUUCUCGCAAAGACACAUGCCCUGAAUGCGAUGGAGCAGGAUUUGUUCGGAAGGCUGGGGUGACCUUGAGAGCAAAUGCAGCACGGAAAGAUCAAGCUCAAAUUGUUUGUGCUCGCUGCAAUGGUUUGGGAAAACUUAACCAAAUUGACAAAUAGAUAUGAUGCUGUUGCUCCCUUCUUUUUCAUUUUGUAUACUUUGUUCUAAAAGGAUUUGCUCCUCUUGUCAUAUAGUAAUGUCAUGUAAGGAGAGAGACACAAAUUACCUUCUUCAGAGACCUAUCAUUGCAUACUUGUGCAGGGUUUGAUUACAUUUCUGAUUUGUUUUUCUCUCCUACAUCAUGAUACGAUGACUUGUUCAAUUCUAUGCUUUCAUUCAAGUGAUGUUUUUUUUGAUGUAUAGAAAUCACAAGCAUUUGUAUCUGUU